AUGGCUGCUCCUGAGAUUAACUGGGAUAGGUUAGAUAUAAUGAAAUUCUAUGCAAGGGGAGUUGGACUAUUUUCUGGUGUUACCAUGUUACUCCACCCUGUCUCUGUUGUGAAGACUAGGAUGCAGGUUGCUUCGAAGGAUACUGCAGAGAGAAGUGUGUCUUCUGUUGUGAAAGGAUUGCUUAAGCAAGAUGGUAUCCGUGGUUUGUAUAAAGGGUUUGCCACCGUCAUCACUGGAACAAUACCUGCCAGAAUCAUAUUUCUCACUUUCUUAGAGACCACAAAGGAAGCUUCCUUCAAGAUGGUUAAGCCGUUUAAACUAUCUGAAACUAGCCAAGCUGCCAUAGCGAAUGGCAUUGCAGGCAUGGGAGCGUCGGUUGUGUCACAAGUUGUGUAUACUCCAACUGAUGUGAUUAGCCAAAAGUUGAUUGUGCAAGGAUACUCAGGCCAUGCCCGGUAUAGUGGUGGUUUGGAUGUUGCUCGGAAGUUGAUAAGGUCAGAGGGCUUCAGAGGAUUAUACAGAGGGUUUACUCUAUCUGUUAUAACGUAUUCACCAUCUAGUGCUGUAUGGUGGGCAACUUACGGCUCAAGUCAACGCUUCUUAUGGAGAUUCUUGGAAGAUGAUGUCAAAUCUGAGGAAGCUACUCCUAGUUUGCCAAAGAUUGUUUUAGUUCAGGCAGGAGGGGGUCUCAUUGCUGGUGCUACUACAUCGUGCAUUACAACUCCACUCGAUACAAUCAAGACACGGUUACAGGUGACAGGACAUGGAAAGAAAAUCUCUGUUAAACAAGUUGUUAAAGAAUUGAUUAGGGAGGAUGGUUGGAAAGGUGUGUAUAGAGGAUUUUGUCCCAGAUUGAUCAGCACGUCAGCAUGGGGUACUUCAAUGGUAUUGGUUUAUGAAUAUCUGAAGCGCAUAUGCAUAAAGAAAGAUGAAGAAACGGCUGGUCAGUAA